ACUGAGCGUGGGAAGACGUACGCCACUUUUUUGUGCGUACGCAAGCUUUGUACAUGAGGCCCCCUGGUCUUCACCUCGUCUUCUUCUUCUCUGAAGCAAACUGGUCUUCAUCCUGUGAAUACAGCUCCUGUGGGAGGUUUCAGAGCCGUCUGCUGGUCUUAGUGACAUCUUGUGUCCACGUUGAUCCUUUUAUCUCCUCAGGCUCUAAAGAGGAUUAGAGUUUCCCUUGCAGGAGGAUCAGGGCAGAGUGGACUGGAGGAUGGAGCGUGGUGGACCGGUGGAGGUGUUCAGGCUUGGUGCUGCUGGCUGCUGGUGGUUGUUGGGCCGGUGCUGGCUCAGGUCCGUCACCCUCUGCCUGUGCUGUGGGUGAUGCCCGUCAGCUCCGAGGUGGGGAAGGAGAACCUGACCGCCUCCGUGGCUCCGGCUGUCAGACUGGCUCUGCAGGACCUGAAGAGAGAACCACCACCGCUGGGAAACUAUGAGAUCCAGCUCCAGCUGCUGGACUCACAGUGUGACCCUGUGACGUCCCUCAGAAACCUGUUUGACGCCAUGUGGGCGGGACCAAAGUACCUGCUGGUGUUUGGAGGGGUGUGUCCAUCUGUGACGGCGCUGAUCGCUCGCGCUCUGCCCGCUCUCAGGCUGGUGCAGGUGUCUUUUUCGGCCUCGUCCCCGAGCCUGUCUGACAGGAAGCGGUACGGGAACCUGUUCAGCACGGUGCCGUCGGGCCGAGCUCUGAACCAGGCCACGGUGAAGCUGCUGCAGCACCACAAGUGGAGCAGAGUCGGUAUCAUCACGCAGGAAGGAGCCGGACUCUCGGAGAUGAAGAAGGAUGUGAUCGCACAGCUGCUGGACGCUGAUCUUCACGUUGUUUCCACACCAAGUCUCUCUGAAGAUGUCUGCGCCAGCGUGAGGAAGCUGAAGGACCGUGAUGUCCGGAUCAUCAUCGGACAGUUUAAAGAGGAUUCUGCCGCCGAGGUUUUCUGCUGUGCCUACAGACUGAACCUGUUUGGAGCUCGGUACCAGUGGAUCAUUGCUGAUGGAGGAGUGGCCGGAUGGAGGCUGGUCCGGCAGGCUGCUGGCUGCACGGCUCACAGUGUGCUGAUGGCUGCAGACGGCUCCAUCAGGCUGCAGAUCAGACAGCUGAGCCACACAAACGCACCGGGAGUCUCCGGACGGACUCCCCAGGAUUACCAGGACUCUUACCGCAGACAGCUGAUCCAGGAGGGGUCAAAGGUCAGCCCCCUCCACACCUUCGCCUACGACGCUGUUUGGGUCGCCGCCAGAGCUCUGAGUCAGGUGAUGGAGGCCGUGAAGCACAGAGAGAAGUACAGCGCCCAGAGAGACGUGAGCGUCAGCGGGGACCAAGUUCACAAGAUGCUGCUGGAGGCCGUGAAGAAGACGCAGUUUGAAGGAGUCACAGGUCCAGUUUUCUUUGUGGCCGGACAGAGGAUGACGUCGAUCGAGCUGAUCCAGAUUUCAAGGUCUUUUUAAUCAUGUGAUGCAGUACAGCUGUUACCAUGCACACGUUCUUAGUCAUCUGGGU